AUGGAGGGUCUUCCCCAAGGUUACCGUCCCAACGUUGGUGUCUGUCUCAUCAACUCCGAUGGCCAGAUUUUUGUGGCCUCUAGGUUGAAUGUCCCAGGAGCAUGGCAAAUGCCUCAGGGGGGAAUUGAAGAAGGUGAAGAGCCCAAAUCUGCUGCCAUUAGGGAACUUCGGGAAGAAACUGGCAUAGUAUCUGCUGAGAUCAUUGCUGAGGUUCAGAAAUGGUUGACAUAUGACUUCCCUCCUGCUGUGAAGGCUAAAGUCAAUCGCCUUUGGGGGGGUGAAUGGCAUGGACAGGCGCAAAAGUGGUUUCUUAUGAGAUUAACAAAAGAUGACAGUGAGGUGAACUUGGCCAAUGGGGAAGCAGAACCUGAAUUUGCAGAGUGGAAAUGGGCAGACCCUGAAGAAGUUAUUGAGCAGGCAGUCGACUACAAGAGACCAACCUACGAAGAGGUUAUAAGAACCUUCAAGCCUUACUUUCAAGGGAGUGCAAUAUCAGGCAAAUGUAAAUCAACGAAGUGGUGA